CUAUAAAAGCAUCUGUCCUGGCCAGACAUCACUCGCAUCUCACUUUCGCUCUCACACACUCACCCUCACACACUCCUGAACUCCACACACACUCCCUCUCCCGUACAGAGCAGUGGGACCGGACACCGUCAAGGUAAAGGAAACAUGAGUUACUCCAGCGACAUUUACAGCAGCAGCUCCUAUCGGAAGAUCUUCGGAGAUGCCCCCCGGUCCGGCCGCGUGGGUCUGGGCAGCAGCAGCAGCCCGUCCCGCCUGCACUCUGCGGGAUACCGCAACACCCACCGCACCUAUGGUUCCCCCUCCGUGAUGUCCUCUACUACCUACCGCAGGACAGCGGCGCCCGGCCGCGUCUACUCCUCCAUGCCGGACUCCAUGAUGGACCUGACCCAGUCCACCGCGGUCACCAACGAGCUCAAGAUCAUCCGCACCAACGAGAAGGAGCAGCUGCAGGGCCUCAAUGACCGGUUCGUGUCCUUCAUUGAGAAAGUGCACAACCUGGAGCAGCAGAAUAAAGUCCUGGAGGCAGAGGUCACGCUGCUGCGGCAGCGCAACAACGAGCCCUCGCGCCUGCACGAGCUGUACGAGCAGGAGAUCCGCGAGCUGCGGGCGCGCGUGGAAGAGCUGACGCACGAGAAGAGCCAGAUGCACCUCGACUGCGUGCAGAUGAACGACACGCUGGAGCGAGUGAGGGAGAAGCUGGAGGAGGAGACCAGGCUGCGCGGGGAGGCGGAGAACACCCUGAAGGGCUAUCGGAAGGACGUGGACGACGCCACCAUGGCGCGCCUGGAGCUGGAGAAGAAAGUGGAGUCUCUGGAAAGUUCUGGAGGAGCGCAGAGCUGCAGGCGUCCUCAGGCCACAAGUUCAUCCCGAGUGUCAGUGGAGAUGGACAUGAGCAAACCGGACCUUACUGCUGCCCUGAAGGACAUCCGGGCUCAGUAUGAGAACCUGUCGGCCAGGAACCAGGCCCAGGCAGAGGAUUGGUACCGCUCCAAGUUUGCCAGCGUGACCGAGGCGGCUGCCCGCAACCAGGACUCCAUCAAGCACUCGAAGGAAGAGCUGAGUGAGUACCGCAGGCAGGUGCAGGCCCGCACCCUGGAGAUCGAGGCCCUCAGGGGCCACAAUGAGGCCCUGGAGAGGCAGAUUGCCGAGAUGGAGGAUCGCCAUAACAAUGAAAUCGGAGAGAUGCAGGAUACCAUUCAGCAGCUGGAGGCUGCCCUGCGCAGCACCAAAGGAGAAAUGUCCCGUCACCUGCGUGAAUACCAGGACCUGCUGAACGUCAAGAUGGCGCUGGACAUUGAGAUCGCUGCCUACAGGAAGCUGCUGGAAGGCGAGGAGUGUCGCCUCAGCUCCAUUGGCGGCGCCAUGGUCCAGUCCGGCUACCCAGGCUUGUCCUACAUGUCAGCCCGCACCUACUCCCUUGGAGCCUACAGGAAGUUUGGAGCCAAGCCUGAGGAGGAGGAAGAGGAGGCGGAAGAAGAGGAGGAGGGCGAGGGAGAGGAGAACAAGGAGGAGGGCGAGGAGGGAGAAGAGGGAGAGGAGGGAGAUGGCCAGGAGGAGGGUGAGGGAGAGGAGGAGGGAGAGGAGGAGGAAGAGGAGGAGGAGGAGGAGGAGGAGGAGAAGCUGAAAGAGAAGGAGAAGGAGAAGGAGAAGAAGGAGAGCCCCACCGGCAAGAACAGCAAGAGCUAAACUGCUUGUGUCAACAUCAUCAUUAUCAAAAACACAUUCCUCAUCCCAUCAAUCACUUAUAUGCAUCUGGUCCCUGUUCACAUCAUCUCUGUCACAUACAAACACACACAAUUCAGCACACUCCUGAUGCGUCACACCUACUGUGUUUUUCUGUCUCUGUUUGCUCCGUAAUUAAGAAGUGAUUAGUACAAACUUUACUAGAUGGAGAAGGAGCUUUAGAAGGGAAUAUAUGUAUUACAAUAGCAGAAGAGUUUAAAUCAUUUACAUACUCUGCAGAGGUCGUCAUGAUUUUACAUCACGCAAGUGCAGAGAGACGUGCAGAAAGCUAGCAUGAUGUCACAAAGUUUCCUAAGUUUGAAACGGAUGAUUUUUCCUCAUAUGAGCAACACUAAAUGUGCCAUUAAUGAUCAAUACUCACAGUAAGAGCAAUCAAAACCUUGAAAGUAACAAUUUUGUCAGCACACAGACUUUAAGAUAAACGCACAGAUCUUGGAUCAUGAGUAACAGCCAGACCAACUUUUACGGUGCUAUUUGAUUUUUACAUAUAAAAGUUGGGGAGUACUGUAAGUAAAAGAUUUCAUCUUAGACCGAAGCUCUACCAGCUCAUUCCUGAAUGUCGGCUUGUUAUACAGGAACGUUUCGAGGAAAAACUGCUUCUAUUUGAACUCUCCAACCCCACAUUUCCCACAGCAGGUGAAUGCUUAUCACUCCCCGCUUUCUUCCACUCCUUUCCUUACUCUCAUUACUCUCCACUUAGUUUUGCAUCUCAUCGAAAAAAUUAAAUAUACCACUAACCAUUCAAGCCCCUUUUCAUUCUCUUUAGUUCACUGAAGUGUCACAGCACAGCAACUCAGAGCUCAGAGAAACUGUAUAUACAAAUGUGUUGGGGUAGGUGGUAUUUUCAGUUGCUGGAAAGGAGGAGUGCUGCAGCUUCUCCACGAGGAAGUGCAUCUUUGGGAAUGAAAAAUGUAGAGUUUAAAUUGUCGCUAUAUAUAAUUUUUUGGGAAUAUGAAUUUUCCCCCCUUUGACUGAUUCAUUUGUCGAUGAAUUUAUCAGCCAUCUCGCCUGUCAGAGAUGAAUAUUUAUCUGCAAGUCUCCUUCCUUAAUUUCUUUCCCUUAAUUUUUAGAGAAAACCAACCUUUUUUCUUUCUCAUCAUACAAAAGUAGUGGUGCUUUUGUUUAGUUUAGCUGGAAAAAGGAAACAAGAUGAAGGUAAACGAGGGUGUCAGGCAGCUGAUGAUGACACUGACAGCCCUCAGCUCAGACUGUAAGUGGCAGGUGGGGCAGAUGCCGCAGGGGUCGUGGCUAUAUGGUACAGAGUGGAAUAUAAGGGCUAUUUUCACCAUAACCCCCUCUAUCUCUUUGCCCCAACGGUUUUAUUUCACUGUUGUUCAUAAUUUUAGCCCCUGGGUUUUUCUUUUUGACGAAUGAAUCAACCAAUGGGCAUGAAUGCAUGGCCUGACUCUUGGAGCUUGAAUAUCUGCUGGAUGGGAUAGAUUUUUGCUUGUUGUGUGUUCAAUUAAAAAACUUGCCUUAACCAUGACUGAAAGUUAAAAUAAAACAUGUUUUCACUUGCAUCUCACUUGUUUCUGAGGAGGCUGACACUUUCCAGACCUCUGCUAUACAACUGUGACUGUAUGUGCUGCUAUCUCAUGCAGUGAUAUUUCUCUCAAAGCCAAAUAAAGACAUUUAUUAACCAAA